UUUGGCUGUGUCUUUUUGUCUGACUCUCUCUGAUCAUGCAGCGUAGCCUCUGCUAGGCUGGAGACAGAGCAGGACCAGAGGAGGAUUCACAUCUAGCGAGCGGCCACAACUCAACUUGCAGCGGAGAGGACGCAUGUGUUCGGCCGCACUGGUCUAGAGAGCCUGCCCGGUGCCUGGAUUUCCUGCCUCCCUCUCCGUUAGAGGAUGCACAGAUGAUGAGCCGACGUUAAUUGAUGGGAUAGGGUCGCUCCUGCCAAAACCACGCUUGGCACAUAAUAGCCACUCACUCGUUUUUUAUGCCGGCAGCAUGAACGGAUUGGAGUCAGAAAACGCAGGAGUUGGCGGCAUCGGCGAAAACGCGGAGGAAAAGUAUCGCGCUUUAGCGUACGACACAGCGUUCAGCACUUUGUUGGCAGUGGCCGUGUAUGUGGUGGUGAAAGUGAGCCUGGACGGGAUAAGGCAGUGGCGGGCCAGGAUAUCUGUGCUGAUCGUGGGCUCGGGACCCGUGGGGCUGACGGCCGCGCUGGUCGCUGUCCGCUCCGGUAAGGUGCUGAAGCUGACCGUGCUGGAUGAGAGGUACCGGACAGCCCUGCUCUGCCGGCCCCAGCAGAUCGCCCUGGAUCCCCGCAGCGUGGAGUUUCUGCUGGGACUCGGGGUAGACUUUGAUAACAUGGAGGGCUGCUGGCACAACGAGCACUUCUUCACCAAGAUAGGGGUGUUUCAGGAGUACCUGCUGAGCAUCCUGGAGCAGAAGAAACAGAAGGUGGAGGUCAAGGUGCGGCUGGGCACCAAGUUCACAGAGGACUACCUGCGCAGGAUCCCGCACAAUGAUUGGCCUCGUGUGAUCGUGGUGGCUGAUGGGUCAUGUGGCGACUCCUGCUCUGUGCUGGGCAUCAGCUCCGACUACACUGUGGAGUCCUGCCAUGCCUACGGAGCUAAUGCAACUAUAGAGAGACUGGACCAGAGACAGGUGCCCACUCCAGAGAUCCGCGCCCACAGCCUCUACUUUGACCUGUCUGCUUACGGAGUGGAGGCUCUCAGAGAGCAUCGUAACCCCACAGCGAAGCCUGGCUUCCACCUGAAGAUCUAUGGCACCUUCAGAAAUCGCUACAUGGCCCUCGUCUGCCCUGCCACUGACACGAAGAUGGUUCGCUUCCUCAGGCACACUGCCAACUCCUCAAUCAUGAAGAACAUCUUCCACCAGUCCUUCAACGCCUAUAAGACGGACAUCGAGCCCCGUCUGAACGACCUGACGCUCCACCACAUGCAGUGCAGCCGGCGGCUCUUUGAGAUCCAGCUGUCACACAGACGCAUCAGCGCUGCGUACAUAGAGGGGGACAACGUGGCAGUCACUGUGGAGGGGGAGGCGGCGCGCGUCCUCAACUUUGACACAGGUUGUGGGGUAAAUCUGGGCAUGCGGGGUCUGGAAUCCCUUGGGACAUUCAUCUACAGGACAGCCACUGCUGUGGACCAGAACGACGUUCUGGAGGCGCUGUCAGCGAAGAUCCAGCACUCCCGACAGGUGGCUGAGACUUUCAAGCAGACAGGUCUGGCUCAGUCCAUGUAUGAGUGAAACAGACGAAGCAGACGACCUGCUGAAUGCAUAUCGCCACCUGGUGGUUUGAUGAAUCGUGAUGAUGGACAGAGGCAACGGGUUGUUUGUGUUUACAGUGCCAUGAGUCAUGAAUCAGAUGCUGGAAUGGACUGCUACUUAGUAUACGCUGAAUAAAACUGUGUUUUACUUGUAAACAGAUGUGGAAAAUGGAUGUAAAUCUGAGAGUAAGUUUGGCUGGCAAACAGUGAAAAUACUAGGAUGGUUCCCACAAAAUGGUCUUCAUCGAUGGAGAGGGAAAAAUGAAGAGCUUUUUGCCGUCUCGUACGCUACAUUCCCCCAGUUAAUAUGAAACAGUUACACAACAGAUAUUGCAGUUAGAAAAUAGUUUGUCUAUUCAAUAAUCAAAAAUAAUGCACAGGCAAUAGCCGUAUAUUCAUUAAAAUCAUCAAGGAUAACGCAUAAAGUUUUCAAAACUUAUUUUUAAAUGUGAUUCUCUUUUAAAAUAUAAGGAUAGGGGCACCACCUAUACUGGUUCACACGGUAGAGCACGUACCACAUAUGGGCCCUGGGUACGAGUCCAGCCUGAUCCCUUUGCUGCAUGUCACCCCCCCUUUCCCCUGCCUUUCCUGUUUCUCUCUACUGCUACUGUCAAAACAACAACAACAACAACAACAACAAAACAAUACAUAUAUGUACAACUUAUAUGAGGGUAGGAAAACAUGUCUAAUAAUGACCAAGUCUCAGAUCAUACAAAAAAACAUCAAAUAAAUGGUUAAUAUAACAAAUUGUGUCUGAAAAUGCAGGUGUGAGUGAGUGUGGAAAGGCAUGGAUCACAGAGGGAUCUGGCUUUAAUAGUAGCCAGAUUUUUUUUUU